GCCACUUCACUAGAAGCAGAAGCACAUUGCAGUUGGCCAGUGAGGGAAGAAUACUUUUUUGAUUUUCUCUUUGGAAGGGAUCUAGAGGAUUAAAUAGAGAAGCAUACACACGUUAAUAUUGGAUAUUUGAUUGUCUGACUGUCACAAUGUCCAGAGUUACCAACCUGUCGAAGCUGCGACAAGAGAGAGUGAAGGAGAUCAACCUGCGGAAUAAAGAGAGAGAACGCAUGAGGGAGCGAGAGAAAGCAGCGAGGGAGAGGGAGGCUCGCUACAGCAACGGUCACCUGUUCACCUCUCUGACUGUGUCAGGGAACACGCUGUGCUCAGCAUGCAACAAGAGCAUAACUGCCAAGGAGGCGCUCAGCUGCCCCACAUGCAACGUCACUAUCCACAAUCGCUGUCGAGACGCUUUGCCAAACUGCGCCAAAAUGAAACAGAGGCAACAGAAGACAGCCCUAAUGCGGAACAGCUCAGCCUUGCAGACUGUCACGCUGCGCACAAAAGCUCCAGGAAUGCGCGAGCGUCCCACCUCAGCCAUCUACCCCUCAGAGAGCUUCAGGCAGACCCUGCUGGGGUCCCGCCGGGGUCGCUCCGGCCUGUCCCUGUCCAAGAGUGUGUCCACCAACAAUAUCGCAGGGACCCUGAGUGAGGACUCCACCCUGGGGCUGCGCAGGAUCCUGUCCCAGUCCACAGACUCCCUCAGCUUCAGGAACAGAGCUAUGUCAAUAGAGUCCCUGAACGAUGACGGAGACAACUACUAUAGUUCAGUAUUAGAAGAGCUGGAGCUUGAGGGACAGGACUUCAAGGCUGACUCCUGGAGCAUGGCCGUGGACAGCAGCUACCUGCAAACACACCGCAAGAACAUCAUCAAGAGGCAGGAUGUCAUCUAUGAGCUGAUUCAGACAGAGCUGCACCACAUGAGAACGCUGCACAUCAUGGAAAGGGUUUUCCGGCAGGGCAUGCUGGAUGAGCUCCAGAUGGACCUGUGCACCGUUCAUGCCAUGUUCCCCUGCCUGGACCAGCUGAUCAGGAUACACUCCCACUUCCUGGCUCAGCUUCUCCUGCGGCACAACUGCAGCCUGCAGCCUGGAUCAUACCGCAACUACACCAUCCACCAGCUGGGAGACAUUCUUCUAGAGCAGUUCUCAGGUCAGUGUGCAGACGACAUGAGGAAGACCUACGCUGAGUUCUGCAGCCGCCACAUGAAGGCUGUCAAACUGUACAAGGAACUGCUGGCCAGAGACAAGAAGUUCCAGAGCUUCAUACGGCGGGUGAGUCGUGGGUCCUUGCUGCGUCGCCAUGGUGUUCAGGAGUGCAUCUUGUUGGUGAUUCAGCGGAUCUCCAAAUAUCCUGUCCUUGUUCAGCGUAUUCUGGAAAAUACUGCAGUGAACGAUGAUGAAGAGGAAGCCUCUUCUAUAGCCCAGGCUAGCUUCAUGGUCAGAGAACUUCUAAGUGCAAUAGACCAACAGAUGGAGGACCUGGAACAAACACAGCGUCUGCAAGAGAUCCAGGCCAAGCUAGACCCGCGUUCUGAAACCAGAGUGAGGGAUGGGGGACUGUUCAAGCCUUCAGAGCUGUUCCGCAGGAGACUGGUCCAUGAAGGAACCCUGUUCUGGAAAACCCCAGGAUCCCGGCUCAAAGAUACAACGGUCUUAUUGAUGACAGACGUCCUGGUGUUUCUGCAGGAGAAAGACCAAAGAUACUUCUUCCCAUGUCUGGACAAGUCCUCAGUGCUGUCCCUUCAGAACCUGAUAGUGAGGGAUAUAGCCAAUCAGGAGCGAGGCAUGUUCCUCAUCAGCGACUCCUCUCCUCCUGAGAUGUACGAGUUCCACGCUGCCUCCAAAGAAGAUAAGAACGUCUGGAUCCGCCACAUCCAGCGCACCGUCAGCAAGUGCCCAUCGAGAGAGGACUUCCCCCUCAUAGAGACGGAACAGAAGGCCCACCUGAGGAGACUCAAAGCUGACAUCCAGCAGAAGGACCGGGAGAUGCUGGAGCUCCUGCAGGAGAGGGUGACUCUGUUCUGUGAGCUAGCCGAGGUCACCAGCGGUCAUGAGGGGCUGCAGACCCACAACACUCGCAUCCUGUUCAGGGCGGACACCCCCCAAGCCCCCCGGGCAGAGAAGCACCUGCAGGACGCCACAACGGAGGUUGACAGGUUAAGUGAGCUCCUCCUUGGUUCCAGUGUUGACAUCCCUCUACCCGGCCAUCACAGCCACAUGGAGGGGGGAGACACCAGUGCUCAGGAUCUGUUGGUCAAUGGAGACCAUGAUGGCUUCACAGCAAAGAAGAUCUACCAGAGGCUGGUGAAUCUGAGUGUUUAUCUCCAUGCAGUCCAGGGGGCGGUCAUCAAACAGGACUCCAUCUUAGAGCAGCUGCUGCAGCCCCAGGAGUCUCCCCCCCCAGCAGCAGGGGGGGGGUGGCGCCCCCUCUGGAGGGACGGGGUGACCCGGGAGGCCGGCGCAGGCUCCAGCGUGGGGGAGCUGACCCUCCUGCAGAGGCAGCACAGCCUGCUGCAGGAGGAGCUGCUGAGGCUGCGGGACGCCGAGGGCCGCUUCAAGGAGAGCGAGAAGGCCCGGGCCCGGCUGGAGAGGCAGGUCCGGAACAUGAAGGACUCUCAACCUGUAUCUCUGCAGCCACACAGGGAGCCCCCCCACGGAGCCGAGACCCUCUGGAUCAGCCGGGACCCUGCCAGCCAAUCAGAGGGCCUGCAGGACGGCAGUGAUGUGGAAGUGGACAUGACGUCUGAUGAUGACGAUGGGACGGUAUCUGAGAGCUCCAAAGAUCUUCAGGACAUUCCAGAGGAGAUCUGAUCCUCCAGAGGAGAUCUGAUCCUCCAGAGGAGAUCUGAUCCUCCAGAGGAGAACUGAUCCUCCAGAGGAGAACUGAUCCUCCACAGAGCUAAUGAGCCUUUAUAGCUAUAUUUCAUUAUGAUAUUAACUGAUUCCAACAAUGUGCAUGUCUACAUUUUCUGCACUGUUUAUUUAGCUGCUUUGCUUGAGAUGGCUUGUGACAUUGAGCUGUUUGUUUCAGUAUGAUUUGGACUGUUGGUGAUUUAAGUUCCUCACUUGAACAAAGGAGGGGGGAGUUUUGAACAUGAAGAUUCACAAAAUCUUACGAUUCAACAAAAUCUAUGAGUACCGAUGGUCAGGGUUUCCAUUAUUUUCAUCGUUUAAGCAUUUAAUCUGCAAAUAUUGUUAUGUUGAGCAGAAAAGAGAAUAUUGUAUUUAGGCAUGAGGUGGAGACAGACACCCCUUCUCAGGUGGAGACAGACACCCCUUCUCAGGUGGAGACAGACACCCCUUCUCAGGUGGAGACAGACACCCCUUCUCAGGUGGAGACAGACACCCCUAGUGUUUCUCUGGGAAGGGUUCAUGAGCUAUAAUGUGGAACAACAUGGAUGUGCUAUAGAAGAUGUGUUGUAUUUGAUAGAAUUUGAAUAUUCUUUCCAAUAUUUGCGUGACACCAAAGAGCAAAAAGCUCCCAUAGAUCAUUGUUCAGGGACAUCUCUCUAACAUGGAGCUUAGCCUUCCUAUUGGUACAUUUUGUAUUUAUGUAGAAGUAUCCAUGAUGACUGGUAAUGCACUGAAGACAGGUUUUACGGCGCGGCAUACUACUAUCUACUAUAACUGUGUCACAGAGAAACUGGCAGCACAUUUAGCUAAACAUUUUAAAACGCGAAAGGUUUGAUACAUUUAUCAAAUCAAAUGAACCGAUACUUUCAAAAGACUCUGUGUGCACAAAUGAAUAUUUACCAAAGACUGAUUCUUCCAGCUGUGAUUGGUUUGUCCUUAUCACAUCACACUUACGGUGGCCCACAGGUGCAGACACAAUACAACGCGCGGUGCACUUUUAGAAAUGAUACAGAUAUAAAUACACAAAUGUCCCAAAACACAUGAAGAAACAGCUGUUUCAUAACUGUAUCUUUAGUAUAUUUAAUAUGACUAGGUUCACUAGGUUAGCUAGCUAGCUUAUAGCAGAUCAGCAAUAAUAUCUAAAUGUUUUCUAAAUGUUGCAUGUGUUUUAGAGUUGGUGAAGAUGUUUCUUCAUCUGCAUGUGUUGUGGCACAUUUGUGUUUUGAGCCGUUGUAGACAUGCGGUGCGCUGCUGUGUUACAAUAGUUGGACCUCGCAUCGUUUUCACAUAUUCUUGUUACACUUGCUACACUGACAACAUUUUUUUAGGGCGCCAAAAAUUCACAAUGUGUACAGCCCCCAAAUUCACAUUAAAAUAUAACAACACAGGGAUUGCUUUGAAGUGUUUCAAGUGACUGACUGUAAAGGACACUGGCAGGCUAAGUUACAAAAUGUAAUUCCUGAUUUGAACCCAAGUUAUAAAUCAGUAAAGAUUCAUAGGUCUUUUUAUAGUUGAGGUAUAUAAGAAGACAUCAUUGCCUGAAACCAGACACAGCGGCAUCUCAUGUGAAAGUCCCAUGUUUUUCGGUGCCAUCAGCUCACCCGACUUCCACCCAGCAGCCAGCAGUGCCCCGGACUGAAAGAGUGUGUGUCAGAGCUCAUUGAUGAGGACAUCCUGUGGCUCUCACAAGAAACUCUCCUCUGUUGAUUUAUGUCCAGUAAACAUUCAGCAACACAAGUAUAUUAUGUUUAUAUAAUGUGUUAUAAAGAAGACUACUAGAAGAAACACAUCACAAGGCCUCUGGAGGAACGGAGGGUUCUCUGAAGCAACAGACUCAUAGGGCUUUGCUUUUGAAAUCAGUUUCAGUGAGGAGUGAUAGUUCUUCAUGUUUUAAGCUACAAUCUCUCUUUUGUAACAACUGCAAUAGAAACAAGCUGUGAGCUUCAUGCUGUUUGCAUCCUUCAACAUUUUGAUAUGUCUGGCUGAUGUUUUGGUUUGACCAAGAACGACUGACACGUGUCUGGCUGAUGUUUUGGUUUGACCAAGAACGACUGACACGUGUCUGGCUGAUGUUUUGGUUUGACCAAGAACGACUGACACGUGUCUGGCUGAUGAAUGUGAUGGCAUAUUCAGGAUAUUGCUUUUUAUUGUUCUUAAAUGUAAAUAGAGCUUGAUUUUGCUAUUGUUUUUUGUCUGCAAAAUGAUUGUGAACUUUUAAUACGUAUUCUCAUAUUACAAUGCUGUACGUCUACGUUCUGCUGAAUCUCAGUGACAUCUCUCAGCCUAAAGCGACGGGGUUGAUUUUCUGAUAGCAAAUAUUGUUAAAAACCAACCUAUUAAUAGUAUUAUACUGUAUAUGAAGCAGACGCUUUACUCGUCAGUAAACAGUGUAAGGCCUCACAUUAUAAAAGGGCUGUCCUUACUUUUGCACUCCUGUCUGUCAUUCAUGUGAAUUGUAUAACUAUAUGAAAAAUAAAAAAGUUGUAUUAUCAAAAAA